AUGGAUUCCAACGCGGUUCAAGAUACCCUUACUCCAUCACAAAUUCCAUCUUUUUUCAAUGUGUCUUUUGAUUCUUUUCAUACUGGUGAAACUCCAAAUACCGCCACAGAUGUUAGGAAAUUCUUUCCACCUGAGGGGGCUGAACUACUGAAUACUCCAACCGGUGCCGAUCUCCAAGGCAUCACAAAAACCAGUAGGAUUUUCUUUCCUGAUGACAGUGGAAAGAAAGGCGCCUUAACACAAAAUGGCCUAAAUUUCCUCACCGCUGAAACACUUCUUGGUACUAAGCCAAUUAAGAUUGAGAGUCAAACUGAUAAAGAUGGAUCUCUGUCAUCAGUCAAAUCGCCGGUGAAUGACAUGAAGCCUAUUUUGCUUCCGUCAACAGUGACUUCUACUUCAAAUGCAGGGGCGAGUGCCGUGGCACCUCCAACAGUUGUUCAGUCGAAUACUACUAUGGUGAAGUCUUCUAAGCCGUCUGUAGUGCCUGCUACUACUUCUCCCGCUACUUCGAUGACAACAGCGAUUGCUUCAGGGAAUCCAAUUACUACGGCUCCUCCUGUUCCUCCUUUGGAUACCACUUCCAUUGCUGGUCAUGCUGUCUGUGUCCCCACUCUCAGUCUUCCACCGAAGUUGAAUCCGGACUCCUUUCCCUCGGUCACAGAGCUCCCCAAAUCCAUCUUUCUUUCUUCUGGCACUCCUUUAGAUCCUCUUGUUACCCCCACUUUGGAUUUUUCGCGAGUAAAAGCUGGUCAAGCUCAUGGACAGGCUCAGCAGUCCCAACAACAAAUACAAGGCACUACAGCCAUCACUCCUUUCAGCUUUCAACUUCUUCACACUCCCACUUAUGCUGGUCCUACUAUGCUCUCACAGGUAGUGACAGAAGCUCAUAAUACCCUCCAAUCACCCUUAGCUACGGGACAGACCAGUGCUAACUUUUUUGACUACCCGCAGUUCUUCACUGACUUUUCUAACAACACCACUCCCAUUUUCUCGCCCAUUAUUCUCAAUCCUCAAGCUAUCCUCUCCCCUCCCGCUAUUGAUUCAGAUAGUCAGAGAGCUGGUGUUACUGCUGGAACACCCUCAGCUAUGUCAUUUCCUACUUUUCUCAGUACCACUGGUUCGACUCCAAUUAUUUCUUUCCUCUGUCAAAGUCCUGGUGCCAAAGGAGGACAAAGCUUCUUUUACACCUCUUUCGGAACCGGUCAGGAUGCUGGAGGCAACCCUACUCCUGGAACUCCUCUCCUGUUUCCUUCUAAUACCUUCAUUGCCUCCUCAACAACUCAUUCUGCAGAUAGCCUCCUGGCACAAAGUGACCAUCAGCAGAUUCAGCAUCAGCAACAACAUCAUGUAGAGCUCCCAUCUAGCGGGCUACCUCCUGCUAGUAAAGUCUUGAAUCUUACUAAACCGGCUAUUUCUGAGACUGUUCAUACUAUUGCCAACACCACUCACGCUCCAAUUUUACUCGAUCCCCCGAAAAUGACCUCUACGAAGCCGGAAAUCGCUACCACAAGCACUUCUACUACGGGUAGAAAUCCUCCCGGCAGACGUGCUACCAAAGCAACUAAGACGUCAACAUCUGGCACAAAAAGCGGAACCAAGGGAACUAAAGAUGGUGCAGAAAAGCCGCACAGGUGCAUAGAUUGUAACAAGUCAUUUUCCCGAUCGGAUGAGCUGACUAGACAUCGGAGGAUUCAUACGGGGGCUAAACCAUUUGAGUGUACAACUUGCCAUCGAUUCUUCUCCCGGUCAGACCAUCUCACCACACAUAGAAGGACGCAUACUGGUGAAAAGCCGUUUGCUUGUGAGCAUUGCGAUCACAAAUUUGCCCGAUCUGAUGAGAUGAAGAGGCAUGCGAAGACGCAUGAAAAACAGGCUGCCGCAGGAAAGGGUCUCCAUGGCGCACCGAGAAAGAAGCAGCGAGUUGCCGCUUCUACCACUAGCACUGUUGCUGUGAAUGCUAGUGCUCGGCGGCAAGUUGUGGCCCAGAUCAAUGCUACCGCUGCUCCUACCACUCUCCAACAUCAGCAGCUUAUUUACCUCAACGGAGAUGACUUUACCACUUCUCAAGGGUUCCAAUUUUCAAAUUCUUCCGGCACAAGCGGAAAAUCAAGUGAUUUUGACCCUCUUCAAUCCAUGAAUUGUUUAGCUCCUGGUAAUGCCACCCCUAGAUCAUCAGCUGUGGAGUAUCUGGCUCAAAUCCAAGCCACCCCUUUGGCUCAUCAUCCGCCUCCGCCCAUAUAA